AUGUCGUCGAUUUCCGCAAUGGCAAAGCGCCUGGAGGGCAAGACGGUGCUGGUCACAGGCGCCUCGUCGGGCAUUGGACGCAGCGUGGCGCAGGAAUUCGCGCGAACCAGCCCCAACAACCUCAAAAUCAUCCUGACCGCACGGCGUAUCGACACAUUGAAACAGGUGGCCGCAGACAUUGCGAAAGAAGUUGGCGACGGGGUCAAAGUGCUUCCUGUGAAGCUUGACAUCUCCAAGCCCGAAGAAGUCGCCAAUUUCAUCCCCGACUUACCAGAGGAGUUUAAGGAUAUCGAUAUUCUGGUCAACAAUGCCGGGCUCGUCAAGGGCAUGGACAAAGCUCCCGACAUCAAGGCUGAGGAUAUGCAGAUCAUGUUUGACACAAACGUGACGGGCCUCAUUAAUAUGACGCAGGCUGUGUUACCUAUCUUCAAAACCAAGCAGAAUGGCGCGGACGGCGGACGAGGAGAUGUCAUUAUGAUCGGAAGCAUUGCUGGCCGCGAGGGAUAUCCUGGCGGAAGUAUUUACUGUGCGACUAAAGCUGCGGUACGGACAUUUACGGACGCUCUGAGACGAGAGUUGAUCGCAACGAGGAUUCGAGUCAUUGAAAUUGAUCCCGGCCAGGUCGAGACGGAAUUCUCCAUCGUCCGCUUCUACGGUGACAAAGCUAAAGCCGACGCGGUGUACCAGGGUGUCGAACCAUUGACCCCCGAUGAUAUCGCGGAGACCGUUGUCUUUGCUGCCGGACGCAGGGAGAACGUCGUGAUUGCUGACGCGUUGAUCUUCCCUAAUCAUCAGGUCAGUUGUUUUCCCUUCUAUAUAUUCUCCGUAAAGUCGUCUCAAGCCCAAAUGCCGCUAUGGCGAGCGUGUCUCCUCCCGGUCCCCGUGAACGGUUGGUACUAG